AUGACAUCGGUCACCUCAAGCUCGAAGCACGAUACGCGCGUCUACACUGAAUACGACGUCUCGUCGCCACCUGCAGUACCAGGCCCUGAAUGGGUACGAUUUGUACUAAUCUCUGACACGCAUUCCCAGACCACCGCUAUACCUUUUGGGGAUGUCUUGCUCCACGCUGGAGAUCUUACAACCUUGGGACAGCCCGACGACUUUUCCGCUCAGGUGGAAUGGCUGAAGACGCUGCCUCACGCACACAAGAUCUUCACCUGCGGUAACCAUGACUUUUCGGCCUGCACCGUCGACAACUUCUACGAGACCCGUGGACGUCAACUCAACGCUGCAUACAACGUCCAAGACUCGCCGGACGACGUUGCACUUACACGUCGUAUUCUCGGCAGCAAAAACCUCGCCGACGCCCGUCUCAAGUACCUGGACAACGAAGCAUGGUCCUUCGCCAUCGACCGCAAGGAAACCAAGCACUACAGCUGGAAGGUGUGGGGCAGUCCCUGGUCGCCCGAAUUCGAAGAUUGGGCGUGGAACUACAAACGUGGACCCCAGGCGAGAGAGGUUCACAAAGAUAUCCCGGAGGAUGUGGAUCUGCUGGUCACGCACACUCCACCACACAGCCUGGGUGGUCUGGACAAGAUUCACGAUGGAACACCGGUGGGAUGCGAAGAGCUGAUGAGAAAGUUGCAGGCGAACAAGGAGGAGGGUGGGAUCAGACCGAAGCUGCACGUGUUCGGACACAUCCAUGAGGCGAGAGGCGUGUCUGUGUUGCAGCACGACGGGGAGGGGGACGAGACGGUGCUCGUCAACGCUGCGUUGGUGGAGUACGAUCAGGACAUGUGGAACAACCACCGCAAAUGUGAGUGUGCUCUGGUCAGACAACAUCAACAGGGACUGAGGCUCGACGCUGACCCUCCUAAUUGCUGA